AAUGGAUAACAAAAAUUUUGUUUGUUUUUAUUCAAUAUUUUUCGACCAAAAUCAACAUGACAGAGGGACAAAAUGAUGUUAACAAUACGGAAUUACUAGACGAAAAUGUUUGGGAAGGAUUCAGCAAAUGGUUACAUUGCAUUUGUGUGGUAACUUUUGAUUUGGAAUUGGGACAAGCACUAGAGAUAAAAUAUCCCAAGCAUGUAGAACUCACCGAUCAAGAAAUAUCCAACAUUUGUUAUUCAGCAUUUCCAGAUUCAAAUUCAGGAUGUAUGGGAGAUACCCAAUUUGUCAUUAGACUGCCCUGUAAAAGUAAAAGAGAACUUAGAUCUGAACACAUCAAUUAUAAUAAUAAUUGUCCUCCAGCAUUAAGAAUAGAUGAAGGCUAUAUAUGGGGGUAUGUCUAUUUUAGACAAGUUAGGGAUAUCAACUUACCUAGAGGAUACUUUCAAAAGAGUGUUGUUGUUCUAUCCUAUCUACCAUUCAAUAAUCUAUUCAACAAAAUAUGCAGCUAUGUUGCACCCGAAUAUUUUGAACAUGGUAUGAAGUGCUUAGAAGCCAUUUGUCAUAAUAUAGAAAGAUGGCCACCCCCAAACCCUGGAGUGAAUAUUGGGUUACCCAUUUUAGGGCAUGUUUUUCAGACAUGUAUACCUAUCAACUCAGUACGUGGGAAAGAUUCAGCAGAAAAUAAACUUUUAACUCAAGUAGAGCAAUUGAACUUUUUUGAAGUGUUUAAGCCAGUUUUAUCUCAUAUACAUUUAUUAUGGGAGCUUGUUAUAACUUCUGAGCCUAUUAUCGUCAUGGCUUCGUCUCCAGCUAAUUGUUCUAAAAUGGUUUUAGCUUUAACUAGGCUUAUUUCACCUCUUCAAUUUUGUGGAGAUUACCGACCUUACUUCACAAUACAUGAUAGUGAAUUUAAGCAAUACAAACAAUAUAGUAGUAAAGAACAAUUUCCACGUUUUCCUCCGCCCGUGAUAUUGGGAGUGACUAAUCCAUUUUUUGCCAAAACCUUCCACAACUGGCCACAUACCAUUAUACUAAACGACGAUGUUGGUCAAAAUUCAAAGUACAAAUUAAGAAAACCGGCCCUAACGAAGAUGAUAGAGGUUUCAUCAGGGAUUUAUAGUUCAUACAAACCGUUCCUGCAAAAAGAUAAAAAUAUUAUCAAGAAACUUAUGACUGGAGUUAGCUCAAAUAGACCUGAUGAAGCUCAAUCUGCAUUGUUAAGAAAACAUUUGAAUGAGUUGACUCACAGUUUCAUGUACCCUUUGGAAAGAUAUAUUGCAAGUUUGAUGCCUUUGAAAAAAGACAUCUCUGCAUUUAAGGCACCGCCAAUUCCAAGCCCAUUCAAUCCAGAAAACUUUUUCACAACAUUGGAUACAGGAGGACCUCAACUGACUCUUAAAAAUACCAACAUAAAAGGUGAUUGGAUAGGCCUUUACAGAAAAUUCUUUAGGUCGAGGAAUUUUAAUUCUUGGUACAACUCGAGAUAUAGGGAAUUAUCACAGAAACUACAGGCUCUUCAUACAGAAGCUUUGUCAAAUGCAGAUUUGAAAAAUUGGGUACAAGAUCGUCCAGAGGUUGAAGUGGUAGACAUGAUCCUUAGAAUCAAAAAUAAAAUUGGAGAAUGUGACAGUCACAUCCAAGUGAACGAUACUGUGAAACAACAGCUGAAUCAGAGAAUGCAAGACGUAGUAACAUCACUUCCAGACGACUUGAAAAACAUUUUAAAAGUUUCAUGAUACUGGUUUAAAGAGGCUGGACAUUUUAGUAUUUCUGUUUAAUUUGCAUAAUAAGGUUAUUGUUUUUUGGUAAAAUUGAAAUAGACAGCCAUUGAUGUUCAAUGUAACGAAAUGAUUAUUUCACCUCUCAAAUUCCUGUUGAAACGUUUGCCAUUUGCCAGUGUAUAAUUAAUUAGUAUUUCAGAAUGUAUUAUCUAAAAACUAAAAAAAAUGUUGCUUGAAAAUUUGGUUGAAAAAUGGUUGUUAUUACUGAAUUUUUGUGGUAAUAAUUAUUAAUACUCAAAUGUUUUUAAAAAUGUUUAUAUUUUUUUACGAAUACAAUAAAAAUUGUUGAUUUAUGCAAGUAAAUAAGUUUUUAUAUAAAUAUGUUAAAUAUAUAUUUUACAUUAACCUGUCAUUGAUCAAUCAUCAAUAUCAAUAAUAAACGCGUAUUUUUUUUUAAAAAAAACUGCCUUUUAAUUGGAUCAUAAAAGCUUCCCUACCUUAAUAUAAAAAUUCUUUUGUCAAAAAGUGAAGAAAGUAUUCUUUUGAAAAUGAGGGAAUCAUUUUUGCCCCCCACUAUUAUAUCAAUAAACAUUUGCUGUGAGUCUUGUUUGGGUCAGAAUGAGAAAAAUCUCUUUGUCUCACACUUAUAAAUUGCUUUUUAUCAAAUAGUUAAUGCUCUACAUGCAUACAUGAACAAUAGCAGGGGUCUAGUCUAGGUAAAAUCCUCACUGACUCUGUUUCCUCAUUGUGGAACCAAAGAAAUUGUAUUUAAGUUUCAUAAAGGAUUUAGAUUUCUCUGGCAGCUUCAAGCUUGAUGGAAUUUACUUAGCAAUAGUAUAAUGUAUCUGCCAUAUCAUUUAUUUUAUUAUCAAGCAUGUAUCGCUGUUGGAAUAGAGCAUUGGCUUUGGAUGCUAAUUCAGGUCGCAUUGGUUCUGGGAAAACUUUCUCUAUGUCUUUAUCCUCAUCUUGGGCGUGCGUCACUACGUAGCUGUUGUAGAGUUCCAA